AUGGGAUCCUGCAAGCCUCGUGGAUUGCUCGCCGGACGCAAGCUCCGUGACGACCGCCGCGACAACCGCUGGGCCGACAAGAACUACAAGAAGCGUGCUCUCGGCACCGCGUACCGCUCGUCGCCCACCGGUGGCGCGUCGCACGCCAAGGGCAUCGUCCUCGAGAAGGUCGGUGUCGAGGCCAAGCAGCCCAACUCGGCCAUCCGCAAGUGUGUCCGUGUGCAGCUCAUCAAGAACGGCAAGAAGGUCACCGCCUUCGUUCCCAACGACGGUUGCCUCAACUUUGUCGACGAGAACGACGAGGUCCUCAUCUCUGGCUUCGGUCGCAAGGGCAAGGCAAAGGGUGACAUCCCCGGUGUUCGCUUCAAGGUCGUCAAGGUCUCGGGUGUCGGUCUCCUCGCCCUCUGGAAGGAGAAGAAGGAGAAGCCCCGCUCGUAA